CAGGAAGCUAGGGGUGUGAAUCGGAGCUGCAGUUGAGUCCCAGAACCGUGGCUCUGACUAUUCAGAUGACACGGGCCAACCUGAGUAUCCUUGCAUGGAUGGAAGUGAUGCCAGGGUUGGCGCAAAGGUAGAGUGGCCAGCCCUUCAGGACUGGCCUGGAGCCUCCAGAAACCAUCAUCAUGAAUCUCCAGUGGGGGUCCAAUUAAUCCAGGCAAAGGUCGCAAGAUAAGGAAGUUUUAUUCUUGAUCAAGAAGGCGUGACCUCAGAACCAGGGUUCCGAGGAAAGACCCAGAACACAAAACUUAGUUAAAACUUACAGUAGCAGGGAGCCCAGCUGGGCAUUCGUUGGGUGGUUCUGCAUGUGUCGGGAGCAUGACCCCAGGUAACAAUUCUACACACUGCAAUCCCAAAGACAUGCCGUUUGAAGACAGCAGGCAACUUCUGGUUGUCGUGUACAGCAUCGUUUUUGCCGUGGGCAUCCCAACCAACUGCUUAACGGCCGCCUUGACGCUCAUCCAAAUUGGCAGGGACAAUAUCCCUGCUAUCUACCUGUUUGCCCUGUCCGUGUGUGAACUGCUGUACGUGAGUACCAUCCCCCUCUGGAUCAAGUAUGUCCAGAAUGGCCAUGUUUGGACAAUGGGGCUGCUCCCGUGCAAGGUGACAGGAUACAUCUUUUUCUGCAACAUCUACAUCAGUAUCCUGUUGCUGUGCUGCAUUUCGAUCGACCGCUACGUGGCGGUGGUGUAUGCCCUGGAAAGCAGAGGCAUGCGGAGCCAGCGGAUUGCCGUGGUCGUCACCAUCGUCCUCUUCGGUGUGAUUGCAGUGAUCCAUUCCCCUGUGUUUUUCACAGACAUCCAAGACAAAAACAUCACGACCUGCUUUGAAACGCCAUACACACGCAGAGUUGCCAUUUACAGUGUGGUCCGGUUCUUUGUUGGCUUCUUCGUCCCUUUCCUUAUCCUCAUAUUCAUGAACUACAAAAUCUUCCAGAGCAUUAAGACCAGCUGCAGCCUCACCCCGCCCCAGAAAACGAAAGUGAAACUCCUGACGAUUUCUAUCAUUGCCAUCUUUGUCAUCUGUUUCGCCCCCUACCAUUUUGUGCUGCUGAUCCGAUCUGUUCACACUCUUCUGCACCCAGGAGCUUCCUGCAGCUUUGAAAGAAGCAUCUACACCGUGAAUGUGGUAUUCCUGUGCUUAUCCACUGCCAACAGCAUGGCGGACCCGUUUAUCUAUGUCCUGGCUAGCGAAAAUGCGAGGCGUGAAAUCAGCCGGGCUUUCAGAGCGUUACGGAUGCAGUGGCCCAACAGUUCCCAGACGGACAGUGGCAAGGUCAAGAACUCCCCAAGGUCCCUGGAGGAGAACCGUACAUUAGGAAAUACAGGGGAUAGGUAGCAUCUCCUCUUUCAGAAAAAAACUCUGUGUUGGUAAAAGGAUGGGGAGGUGAGGCAUGUCUUCAGAAGAGAGGGCUGCCUUCCCUUACAUCCUGGGGGCUGAACAAAAGCCUGCCCGCUUUGGAGAGAAGCACUGCCAAUUGCAUAGCCUGGCCUCUAUGAAUGGACCUUUCAGAUCCUGGCCAUUAUGCAUACAAGGGAUGAUGUCACAAUGUUGUGCUUUGCAGCUGGACUCAUGCACUGGGCAGGACGUAGUGAUGCAUGCACUGAGGACCAAGCAGCAUCCAGAGCUCCAGGUGGCAAGGCAACUGUUGUGGCUUGUGGAUCUAAGAUUUGUUUGUCACCCUCUGCAUUAAGCAGGGAGGAGUGAAAUGUAACAGAUCCAAAUUAAAAAGGAAA